AUGAAGAUCGAGGAGGUGAAGAGCACCACGAAAACUCAACGGAUCGCCUCACAUAGUCACGUCAAAGGACUUGGUUUGGACGAGGCCGGUAAUGCUAAACAGACGGCGUGCGGCUUGGUCGGCCAGGAAGCUGCCAGAGAGGCAUGUGGCAUCAUUGUGGAGCUCAUCCGCUCCAAGAAGAUGGCAGGAAGGGCAGUUUUACUGGCUGGGCCACCUGGUACAGGAAAGACGGCUCUAGCUUUAGCCAUAGCACAGGAGCUGGGCAACAAGGUGCCCUUCUGCCCCAUGGUGGGCAGCGAGGUCUACUCGUCUGAGAUUAAAAAGACAGAAGUACUGAUGGAGAACUUCAGGAGAGCCAUCGGGCUGCGCAUCAAAGAGACGAAGGAGGUGUACGAGGGUGAGGUCACAGAGUUGACCCCCUGUGAGACGGAGAACCCGAUGGGGGGCUACGGAAAGACUAUCAGCCACGUCAUUAUUGGUCUGAGGACGGGGAAGGGCACCAAGCAGCUCAAGUUGGAUCCCAGCAUUUACGAGAGUCUUCAGAAGGAGCGUGUGGAGGUGGGAGACGUCAUCUACAUUGAAGCCAACAGUGGAGCUGUCAAGAGACAAGGUCGCUGUGACACUUUUGCCACUGAGUUUGACCUGGAGGCUGAAGAGUACGUGCCGCUGCCAAAGGGAGACGUGCACAAAAAAAAGGAGAUCGUCCAAGACGUCACGCUGCAUGACCUCGAUGUGGCAAAUGCCAAACCGCAGGGAGGCCAGGACAUUCUCUCCAUGAUGGGACAGCUGAUGAAGCCCAAAAAGACAGAAAUCACAGAUAAGCUCCGAGCGGAGAUCAACAAGGUGGUGAACCGUUACAUCGAUCAGGGCGUGGCCGAGCUGGUGCCUGGAGUGCUGUUUGUGGACGAGGUCCACAUGCUGGACAUAGAGUGCUUCACAUAUCUCCAUAGGGCACUGGAGAGCACCAUCGCUCCAAUCGUUGUGUUUGCCUCCAACAGGGGAAACUGUCUCAUCAGGGGGACCGAGGACAUCAGCUCUCCACAUGGGAUUCCACUGGACCUGCUAGACAGAGUGAUGAUCAUUCGUACCAUGCUGUACACGCCGCAAGAGAUGAAGCAGAUUAUCAAGAUCCGAGCUCAGACCGAGGGGCUCAGCCUCAGCGAGGAAGCACUCGCGCACCUUGCAGAGAUCGGCGCCAAGACCACCCUCAGGUACGCCCUUCAGCUCCUGACACCGGCCAGCCUGCUCGGUCGCGUUCAAGGCAAAGAGACGGUCGACCGGGAGCAAGUGGAGGAGAUCAACGAGCUUUUUUAUGACGCCAAGUCCUCGGCCAAAAUUCUUCAGGAUCAGCAUCAUAAAUUUAUGAAAUGAAAAAUGUAAGGACGGCAGGCGAUUCUUUUCAAUAAUCCAUUCUGUAUGUUUUAUUUCUAUCUUGACUGACUUUUUCCCAUUAACAGCGUAGUUCCUCAGAACUUUUGAAUAAAUCUAUUAUUUGCCUAUA